CAACAACCCAUUUUCAAAUCUUUUUUUUUUUUCUUUUUUCUCUUUCUGUUUGUUUGUUUGUGAUUCUGGGUUCUCUAUUAACUUCUGUGAUCGAAAGUUUCAGUCUUUGGGUAUUUUCUCCCCUGUUUUAUCAUCACCUUGUUGUUCAUGCAAAAGCCCAUCACAUAAAGUGAUGGCAUCAGGCUAAAGUUUCAAGCUUUUUCUUCUAUAGGAAUGUAUUUCAAGCUCUUUUCUCUCUAUCUCUCUCUCUCUGGUUUUCCCCUUCUAAAGUUACAAGCUUAUUCUUCUUGCUGUUGCUUGCAAACCCAGAACAGAGGCUAUUGAUACAGGCCAAAAUUUCAAGUUUUUGGUAACCAAGAUGCAGAACGGUGACGCAGAUCACGCUCAAAGGGUUGGAAAUGAGGAGCUUCCUCCAUUGACAUGGCAACGCAAGUUGAACAGUCAAGCCAAGACCCCUUCUGAGUUCAAGCUCAGUACACGAGACGUUCUUCAUCUGUUUCCGUUAGGAUAUAGAUUGUGGCGUCACACCAAGGAAGAAGCAGCGAAAGGAAGAGCUUCGAUUUUUGACAUCUUCAGAAAGCACCAUGUAACGGGCGAUCAUGGCGUUCCUCUAGGCGGCAUUGGAGCUGGAAGCAUUGGGAGGAGUUACAAGGGUGAGUUUCAACAGUUCAAGAUCUUCCCGAAAGUCUGCGAGGAAGCUCCCGUCCUUACAAACCAGUUCUCGGUUUUCGUUUCUCGUCCUGGCGGUCUGAAAUACUCAACUGUUCUAUGCCCAACCAAACCUGAAGUGCCAAAAGAGAGUGGAGGUUACCUAUGCAGAGGCCGGGUUGCUAGUUUAGGCAUCGAAUCGUGGGAUUGGAACCUUAAAGGAGACAAGUCUACAUAUCAUGCACUUUAUCCGAGGGCUUGGACCGUCUAUGACGGUGAACCCGACCCUGAACUCAGGAUCGUCUCCCGUCAAGUUUCUCCUUUCAUACCACACAAUUACAAGGAAAGCAGUCUUCCAGUCUCGGUUUUCUCCUUUACGCUGUCUAAUCUCGGACAAGAACACGCAACUGUUACGUUGCUCUUUACCUGGGAGAAUUCCGUGGGCGGAGCUUCGGGAUUGAGUGGCCAACACUUCAACUCGAAAAUGAUGACACAUGAUGGAGUCCAUGCAAUAGCUUUACAUCACAACACGGCGGAUGGACAUCCGCCGGUUACUUACGCCAUCGCGGCUAAAGAAACAGAGGAUGUCCGUGUCUCCGAGUGUCCGUGUUUCAUCGUUUCUGGUAGUUCUGCUCAUGGAGUCUCGGCAGGAGAUAUGUGGGAAGAGAUUAAAAAGAACGAGACAUUUGAGAAAUUAACCUGCAACGCAUGCUCGCCCUCGAAACCUGGAUCGUCCAUCGGAGCAGCCAUAGCAGCGACAGUGAAUGUUCCUCCUGGAUGUGACCGUACAGUCACGUUUUCGCUCUCCUGGGACUGUCCCGAGGUUAGGUUCGACGAGAAGACUUACCACAGACGGUACACGAGAUUCUACGGGUGCUUAGGCGAUGCAGCCGUGACAAUGGCUCGUGAUGCUAUUCUCGAUUAUGCUGGUUGGGAAUCUCAAAUUGAAGCAUGGCAAAAUAUUGUUCUUGAAGAUCAAAAACUUCCUCACUGGUACCGAUUAACCCUCUUCAACGAACUAUACUAUCUAAACGCCGGAGGAACGAUUUGGACAGAUGGGUUACCUCCAAAGCAAAGCCUAUCGAGCAUAGGAAUAAGAAAGAUCUCUCUAAGUACGUCAUCCACUGAAGGCAGUUCAAGAGAAGAAAACAACAUAGCCAUGGAGAUUCUCGGGAGAAUCGAUGCGGUAUGCGAGCAAAUUCAAGCUCCCCUUUCGUUGAGCGCGGCUCUUGGAAAGUCGUUGAUUCAUAACGAAGACGAAAACAUCGGCCAAUUUCUCUACCUCGAAGGAAUCCAGUAUCUGAUGUACAACACGUAUGAUGUUCACUUCUAUUCUUCUUUCGCUCUUCUCAUGCUCUUCCCGAAACUUGAGCUGAGUAUCCAGAGGGACUUUGCCGCUGCCGUUAUGAUGCACGAUUCGAGCAAGAAACAGAUCAUGAGUUCCGGAGAAUGGGUCCCGAGAAACAUCCUCGGAGCUGUCCCUCACGAUAUCGGUCUGAAUGAUCCCUGGUUCGAAGUGAACUCUUACAACCUCUUCAACACCGAUCGGUGGAAAGACUUGAACUCCAAGUUCGUCCUCCAAGUGUACCGAGAUUUCAUCGCAACCGGCGACAAGAACUUCGCCAGAGCUGUGUGGCCGGCGGUUUACACAGCGAUCGCGUACUUGGAUCAGUUCGACAAGGACAAAGACGGAAUGAUUGAGAACGAAGGAUUCCCAGAUCAGACAUACGAUGCGUGGUGCGUUUCGGGCGUCAGCUCAUACUGCGGCGGCCUCUGGGUCGCGGCUCUCCAAGCAGCAUCGGCGUUGGCACGUCAAGUCGGAGAUAACGCGGCUUCGGUUUACUUCAACGCCAAGUAUGAGAAAGCAAGAGGCGUGUUUUCGAAACUGUGGAAUGGUUCGUAUUUCGAUUACGACAACAGUAGGAGUGGUUCAAGCUCGUCUAUUUUGGUUGAUCAGUUGGCAGGACAAUGGUACUCGAGAGCUUGCGGGCUGAAGCCUAUCGUGGAAGAGGAUAAGAUAUGCAAAGCACUGGAGACAAUCUUCGAGUUCAACGUGAAGAAAGUAAACGGAGGGAAACGAGGAGCGGUUAACGGGAUGUUACCAGACGGGCGAGUCGAUAUGAGCACGAUGGUCUCGAGAGAAGUGUGGGUCGGAACGACGUACUCUGUUGCAGCUUGUAUGAUUCAAGAAGGGUUAACGGGCGAAGGAUUUCAGACAGCAAGUGGAAUCUACGAAGCUGCUUGGUCCGAGACAGGUCUCGGAUGCUCGUUUCAGACACCAGAAGCAUGGAACACGAGUGACGAGUACAGGUCGCUCUGUUACAUGAGGCCUUUAGCCAUAUGGGCGAUGCAAUGGGCACUGACACGGCCAUCAGUGGAAGAACAACAGGAAGAGACAAAGAUCAUAGCAGAGGAAGAACAAAGGUCAAUGCUGUUUCAGCAACAUGCAGGGUUUAAUAAGGUUGCCCAUUACCUUAAACUGUCGAAGGAGAAGACCCGUCCGAGCCGCCUCCAAGGCGCUUACGAGACCGCCUUAAGGGUAUUCCGCGUAUAGGCCUCGAGCCGGGAAAUGGGUUUGCAGCCAAAACAACUAUUUUCAGUAAGAUGCAUCGUAACGCAUGGCGAUUGCCUCGCUUCCAAGUGUUUCUACCAAUUGGUUUUGUAGUUAACUUCAUACAGAGAAACAGACAAGUGUAUUAUACAUGUGAAAUAAGAUGGAUUCUUACCCUGAAAUCCGACAAUUUUUUAGUUCUCA